AUGUGGACGCCUCUGUUUUUCGUUCUCCUUGCUUCCUCGCGGGCAUUCGCCCAAGUUCCUCUUCCCGAUCCCCCUUUCUUGCCACAGAACGCGACAGCUGGCGCGUCUCCGUCCUCUGCUGCCAUUCCCAAUUCGCAAUGGUCUUCGUUGCUUGGAAAUCUGCUUUAUUUCUAUGAAGCACAACGCAGUGGCAAGUUGCCCAGCACGAAUCGAGUCAAGUGGCGAAACGACAGUGCUCUCACCGAUGGGCAGGACGUCAAGUUGGAUCUGACUGGCGGGCUUUAUGAUGCGGGCGACUAUAUCAAAUGCACUUUCCCCCUGUCAUUCACUGUGAUGUCAAUUUGUUGGGGUGCAACGGAUUUUGGAAAAGGAUACGAUCUGGCAAACCAAACCCCUUACCUUGAUGACAUGCUCCGAUGGAGUCUUGACUGGCUCAUUAAAGCACACCCCGCUAACAAUACCUUGUUCGUCCAGGUAGCUAAUGAAGAGGUUGACAACGCGUACUGGGGAGGCGACCGCAACAUUCCUUCGCCACGCCCUUCAUAUCAAAUCAACGACACUAGUCCUGGAACGGAUGCUGCUGCAGGAACCGCUGCGGCUUUCGCGGCUUGCUCCAAUCUUUACGCCAACCGCAUCUUCUCGAACUCUUACUCUGGCCCAGCUACACUUCAAAAUGCAACAUACGCUGCAACCCUUCUCGAACAUGCCAAACAACUUUUUACCUUUGCUACUAGCGCCUCUGGUGGACAGGCAGUAUACCAACGUUCCGUGCCUGAGGUAGGCAAAGCGUACGCUUCAUCUGGAUAUGGAGAUGAGCUCGCCAUUGCUGCACUCUUCUUGUCUUGGGCAACCAACUCCUCUUCGUUGUAUCAACAAGCUCAAGGUUAUUGGCAGCAAUAUAGCCUCGGCAGUUAUGAUGGAGUAUUCAACUGGGAUAACAAGACACCUGGCCUCUCUGUUCUUUUUGCACAGAUUGCACAAGCAAACCCAAGCUUUGGCGGCAAUGCAUCCACCUGGAAGACUGUGGCCGAGAAGUACUUUGAUGGAAUCGUCUAUGGCGGUGGACCAGGAUAUCAAACUCACGGCGGACUGCUAUACUACAAGGGUGACUCGGAUGAUGCUAGCUUAAAUCCGUCGUUGAACGCCGCUAUGCUGCUAACGCGAUAUGUCCCACUGGCAUCGACUCAAAGCAGGAGAAAUGAUUAUCGGAACUAUGCCAACGCACAACUUAACUAUGCUUUGGGUAACAAUCCAAUGCAAGUACCCUACAUCGUCGGUGCCAACCCAAACUCGCCUCAAAAUCCCCACUCCGCGAUGGCAAGCGGUGGCAAUAACAUAAGCAAUAUCAAUACUUCCCCGCCACAAGAAGCCUAUAUUCUUUAUGGGGGCGUUGUUGGUGGUCCAGACAAGUACGAUCGUUUCUUCGACAUCCGCGCGGACUGGCCAGAAACUGAGGUCGCACUGGACUACAAUGCACCAAUGCUCACACUCGCUGCAAUGCACGUACUCAACGACACUGCCGACCCGUUCUACACAUCGCUGAAAGCGGGCGCAUAUGAAUCCAAGAAACCACAGGGCAUGCCCUGUGAUGAAGCAUAUACAGAAGGAUGUGGUGGUCCACAGCUAAGCCAGGGUGGAAAAAUCGCUCUCGGGGUUAUUCCUGGCCUCACUGGCCUUUCCAUCUUUUCUCUUCUUGUAUGGUGGGCUAUGAUCUCUCUUAGAAGAGAACACGAUCCCCUUUAUUGA